UUGAGGAGCUUUUAAAACUUUAGGCAAGGAAAAUGUGAGAGCCGAAAUCGUGAGGAGGUUUCGCUAACAUUGAAGACCGCCGGAUGGGUAUUCUUAAUUUGUGGUUUGGAGAAGGAAUUAACAUCUUAACAUCUGGUCUACGAGGAUCUACCUGGUAUUCAUGUGUUGAGGAGAGGGAAAUCUGAUGUUAUGAUCGUUGUAAAUGGAUUGUACAACGGUAGGCGGUCUAUCAUUAUCCAUCUUGGAAAGCAAAGCAGACAAUGCAAGCAGGAAAUGCACUUGCAAGCCAACUUCGGAGCCACUUUCGUCUCCCUCCCUACCAAAACCCCAAACCCACACGCUCUACUCCUCCGCUUACGCUUUUCUUCUCUCUCUAACCGUACCUCUCACCAUAUCAAUUUCUCAUCCUCAUCAUCGUCUUCUUCCUCUCAAUGUUUCUCCAUCCUCCGUGCCGCCAUUUCCAAAACCGAUUUGCUGCUAGGCAAGUCUGCGCAUGCGCAUAUGAUAACCUGCGGACGAAACCCAGAUCGUUUUUUGACCAACAAUCUCAUAAAUAUGUACGCCAAAUGCAGGUCAGUCGCUUCUGCACGUCACCUGUUCGAUAGAACCAUUGACAGAGACCUUGUCACAUGGAACUCCAUUCUAGCCGCCUAUGCACACUCCACGGACCCUCAGAUUGAUAAUGCUCAAGAAGGCUUUGGCAUAUUUCGUUUGCUUCGUGGGUCUGGUGUUUUAACUAGUCGACUCACUCUGGCACCUGUUCUAAAGCUGUGUCUGCUAUCUGGAUAUGUAUGGGCGUCCGAGGCUGUUCAUGGGUACACCAUUAAGAUUGGGUUGGAUUUGGAUGUCUUCGUAUCCGGAGCUCUUGUGAAUAUAUAUGCUAAAUUCAGGCGGAUUAUGGAGGCCCGUGCUUUGUUUGACGGCAUGCCAGAUAGGGAUGUUGUGUUAUGGAAUGUAAUGCUCAAGGCCUAUGUGGAAAUGGGUCUUUAUAAAGAAGCACUUUUUCUCUUCUCUGCUUUUCAUCACAGUGGAUUGCAUCCUGAUGAGAUCAGUGUGCGUGUUCUUAACGGCAUUAACAAUGUUAGUUCUGAUGAAGGCAACAGUCUCAUUGAACAGGUUAAAGCAUAUGCAACAAAACUGUCUUUGAAUCAUGAGGACUCAGAAGUAUUUUUCUGGAACAAGACAUUAUCUGAGUAUCUCCAAGCUGGUGAAAAUUGGACUGCUGUGGAAUGCUUUAUAAAUAUGAUUAGAGCAAAAGUGGAAUGCGAUACUGUGACCUUUUUGGUUAUUCUCUCUGCAAUUGCGGAUGCCAACAAUCUGGAGUUGGGGCAACAGGUUCAUGGUGUUGCGGUGAAGUUAGGGGUUGAUUCAGCUGUUUCUGUUGCAAAUAGUCUCAUCAACAUGUAUUCUAAGGCAGGUUCUAUUUGUUUUGCACGGAAAGUGUUCAAUUCCAUGAAAGAAUUGGAUUUAAUUUCAUGGAACUCAAUGAUAUCAAGUUGUGCACAGCGUAGUUUAGAAGAGGAGUCAGUGAAACUAUAUAUAGAUUUAUUACGUGAUGGCCUAAGACCAGAUCAAUUUACAAUAGCAAGUGUUUUAAGAGCUUGCUCAUCUCUUAAAGAAGGCUUGUAUCUCUGUAAACAGGUUCACGUUCAUGCAGCAAAAACUGGAAUCAUCACUGACAGUUUUGUUUAUACUGCCCUUAUUGAUGUAUAUUGUAGAAGUGGAAAUAUGGAGGACGCAGAGUUUCUUUUUGAAAACAAAGGUGAAAUUGAUUUUGCAUCUUGGAAUGCAAUGAUGUUUGGGUACGUAAUGAAUAAUGAGAGUCAGAAAGCAUUGGAACUCUUCAGUCUGAUUCAUGAAACUGGAGAGAAGGCAGAUCCAAUUACUUUGGCAACGGCAGCUAAAGCCUGUUGUUGCUUGGUUGGGUUAGAGCAGGGGAAACAAAUUCAUGCUUAUGCAAUAAAAACCAGGUUUGACAUAGAUUUAUGUGUUAGCAGUGGUAUCCUAGAUAUGUAUAUUAAAUGUGGAGACAUGGAAAGUGCACACGUGGUUUUCACCCAAAUCCCUGUGCCUGAUGACAUUGCAUGGACAACUAUGAUCUCAGGAUGUGUGGAAAAUGGAGAUGAGGACCGUGCUCUUUCUAUGUAUCAUCAGAUGAGACUUUCAGGGGUGCAGCCUGAUGAAUACACGUUUGCCACCCUUGUCAAAGCCACCUCUUGUCUCACAGCAUUGGAACAAGGGAGACAAGUUCACGCAAAUGUUAUAAAGUCGGACUAUACUGUAGAUCCUUUUGUCGGGACCUCACUUAUUGACAUGUAUGCCAAGUGUGGGAACAUUGGGGAUGCAUAUCUUUUAUUCCAGAGGAUGAACAUUAGGAACAUUGCUCUGUGGAAUGCUAUGUUGGUUGGUUUAGCUCAACAUGGAAAUGCCAAAGAAGCCCUCAACCUUUUCGAAACUAUGGAAUCUAAUGGUAUUGAGCCAGAUAAAGUAACCUUUAUUGGAGUACUUUCUGCUUGUAGCCAUUCUGGUUUAAUUUCUGAAGCCUACAAGUAUUUUGAUUCAAUGAGAAAAAAUUAUGGCAUUAAGCCCGAGAUCGAGCACUACUCUUGUCUAGUUGAUGUGCUAGGCCGGGCAGGGCAUGUUCAAGAGGCAGAAAAGCUGAUUGUAUCAAUGCCCUUUGAAGCUUCUGCCUCAAUGUAUAGAGCUCUGCUUGGUGCUUGUAGGAUUCAAGGGAACACAGAUACUGGAAAACGUGUGGCAGAACAGCUAUUGGCAUUGGAGCCAUCCGAUUCGGCAGCUUAUGUUCUCUUAUCCAAUAUCUAUGCUGCUGCAAACCAAUGGGAUGGUGUAACUGAUGCUCGGAAAACAAUGGAGAGGAAAAAAGUAAAGAAGGAUCCCGGGUUCAGCUGGAUAGAUGUGAAGAAUAGGGUGCACUUGUUUGUGGUGAAUGAUAGGGACCAUCCACAAACUGAUUUGAUAUAUGAUAAGGUGGAGGAUGUGAUAAAAAGGAUCAGAGAAGAAGGAUAUGUCCCUGAUACCGACUUUAUGCUGCUUGAUGUGGAAGAAGAGGAAAAAGAACGUGCCCUUUAUUACCAUAGUGAGAAGCUAGCUAUAGCUUAUGGACUCAUAAGCACUCCUCCAUCCUCUACUAUUAGAGUAAUUAAAAACCUUAGAGUUUGUGGAGAUUGCCAUAGUGCAAUCAAGUAUAUCUCAAAGGUUUAUCAGCGAGAAAUUGUGUUGAGAGAUGCAAAUCGGUUCCAUCGUUUCAGGGAUGGAAUCUGCACUUGUGGUGAUUACUGGUGAUGUUGAAUAGAUCUUAUUGUUUUUCCCCCAACUAAUUCCAACCUAAAGAUCCUUGGAGAUUUUUUUCUAAAUGCAGAGAGGAAAUUGUAGUCAGACAUUUGUGAGAAUUACAAUACAUUUUUAUUUUAUUAAUUAAUAAAUUUGUUUUGUAGUUGAAAAGAAGCAUUUGAUGAACUUUUAAACUUGCGUGUUUUCUGCAUUUAUAUCAAACAGAGAAAUCAUCUUCCGGACUCGGCUCAUUUAUGGCAUGUAUACAUAUUUUAUCGUGUAAAUGUUACCGGAAAUAUAUUUGGUAAAUUAAUGUUUAAGUAAUCAUUGUUUAGAAAUCAAAGGUAUUCCCUGUACAAGGAAAAUGUUUGGACCUUGAAAGUUUCUGAAAAUAUUUUAGAAAAGCCGAUUUAUCUAACCUACUCAGCACACUUGAUGUGUAUAACCCGGUUUAAUCCAAGUCACGAUUUCGGUUUUUUGCUCACGGUUCAACGAGUCCCUCUCUCGUGUUUCAUGUCUUUGUUUCCUCCCUUCAAAACAGAUCUGUUAUGGCUUAGGGGAGCUCUCAUCAUCAACAUCUUCCGUCAGAUACAGCGGCAGAACGAGUCCCCUUCGCGUCUUGUAACAAUCAAGGCUGGGACUCUAGAGGCAGCGACGAAAGGGCUUGAGCAAGAAGAUGAAAUUUGAGGAAAGGGGCACGUGGGUGAGGUGAAGAGAUGUCGUGCGUGUGAACUGAAGUGUAAACCGAAGUGGAGUCUGGUGCUCGAUGGGGCUGGGUACUUCACAUGGGUUGAAUAAUUGUAAGGGCUAGGCCCAGAGUUGGUAGUUCUAAGCAGUGAGUUCAUGGGUCCUGUGGGCCUUUUUUAUCCAUUUAGUAUUUACUGUUUAAUUCCUGUCAUCAAUAAUAGUCCAUUAGUGUAAUUGAGUCCAGUAAUAGGCCCAGGGCCUCUUUCAAUUCCUGAGUAUUUGUAUCGUAAGAGAAACAUCUGGAAAGCAUCUAAAAAGUAAUGAAAACCUAAUUUUUGUUAUGAAAUCA